CACGGCAAAGCUCUUGAAGCGGCUUUCUGUCUGGAGAUGGAUCUACAGUAUACAUUCAGCCCUCCUUGCGCACACGACUGGUGCCCAGACGUUUUCCGCCCGCGUUCGCGACGCGUGACGACAAUGGAUGGCAUUCGAACGCGAAAGAAUACCAGUUGUCUUCUUUCGAACACAUCGUGAAAGGCUUCGCCCAAGCCAAUGCGUCACUCGUCUCAUCAUGGACCUACGGACUGGAUCCCCAUCCUGCACACAAGAGGUUCCCUUCCUGUGAAAAGUCAAUCAAUGCCCAUCGGCACGAUUUGACAAGUCUUGAGGUCAUCAUGUUGGCUAUGCAUCGACAAAAAAACUACGCCGCGGUGCAAAGGAGCAGCGGGGCAGUGCAGGCGUGGUGUCGUUGCUCAUACCAAUUGGCAACAUUGGCAACGUGGCCGCAACAGCAUGACGACGGAUGUGAACAUCCGGCAUUACGUGGGGAAUCCUGAUGCGAAGAUGCGAAGAGCGAGGGCAUCCCCAACUUCGAAGCCAUAUUCCAAAUUGCAGAAGGCCUCCGUAGUCCGAGACUGUCUCGUACGCCGGUCAGCCUCGAGCCGAUUGCUACUGCUAAGCGUGUCGCAAACGACAAUCACGCGGCCGACCAGAUACUCAACAUGACUGAUGUCACUCGCUUCCAUCUCCCGGAUCAUUUCAGAGCUACAUACACACAUCAAAUCGAAAGCCUUGCUUCCCAACGAG